CACCAGAAUUCUAUUUCUUCGGUUCUACGCUCAGAGUAGACAGUCAAGUCAGUGUUUCUGAAUCUCCAGACCUACCAAAACACAAACGAAAAACCGAACCCUCUUUGAUAAUUUCUAGGGUUUGUCUUUCCCACAUUCACUUAGUCUCCCCGUGACGUUUCCGUAAAAUCACCGAAAAACGUUCAUACUUUUCUUCGCCUAUCUAUCUCUCACCAUAAAUUCACUCUUCAAUUUCAGUUUCAGUCUUCUUCUUGUCAUCAUUUUUUCUCUUUCUUCGUCAACUGGAAGAAGAUCCGGUCUAGUGUUUUAUUCUUGAUUACUGCUGUUUUGUUUAAGGCUUUGUGAUUUUUAGUGAAAUGGGACCAGAGCUAUUGGAGAUUCAGCCUCAAGAACUCAAGUUUACUUUUGAAUUGAAGAAGCAAAGCAUGUGCUCAGUUCAUCUUGUCAACAACUUGGAUCAAUAUGUGGCCUUCAAGGUUAAAACCACGUCUCCCAAGAGAUAUUGUGUGCGGCCAAACAUUGGUGUUGUUCAACCAAGGUCUACUUGUGAUUUCACAGUUACUAUGCAAGCACAAAAGAUAACUCCUCCUGAUAUGCAAUGCAAAGAUAAAUUCCUUGUUCAGAGCACAAUUGUUCCAUUUGGAACCACUGAAGAGGACAUCACAGCUAGCAUGUUCGCCAAAGACGACGGAAGAUAUAUUGAAGAGAACAAAUUGAGAGUGAUCCUCGUAAGCCCGCCCCAUUCUCCAGUGCUGUUACCAAUCAAUGGAAGUCCAAAACAGGACCUGACUUGUCUUGAUUCAAGUGUAAAGGGUCAAAUUUUGAAAGAAAUGGAAAACUAUCCGCUGCUUCAUACGUGUGAGGUAGCUAAAGUGUCUGAGGAUUUAAAGCUAUCUAAGUCCGCGGAAGAGUUCAAAGUAGUGAAGGAUGUGCAUGAAUUGAAACUAGCUGAGGAUGUUCAGGAGGUGAAACAAGCGAAUGAUGUGCAGUAUUUGAAGCAAUCUGAGAAUGUGAAGGAUUUUAACCUAGAGGAGGAUGUGCAGUACAUCAACCAAGCUGAGAAUGUGAAGGAUUUGAACUUAGCGGAGGAAGUCGACGGAUUGAAAAUGGCCAAGAAUACUCAGGAACUGAGUCCAGAUAAGAAUGUGCAGGAUUUGAAGCAAACCAAGGACGUACAGUAUUUGAAACUGGAUGAUGAGUUGAAGGAGUUAAAACCAGCAAAGGAUAUGCAAGAGUGGAAUCUGGUUGAUGUUGCUCAAGAGAUCAAGCUAGCCGGUGAUGUUCAGGAUUUGAAGCUGGCCCAGGAAGUUCAGGACUUGAAACAAGACACAGAUGUAGAAAAGUUGAAAUUAGCCAAGGACGUGGAGGAGUUGGAGUUAACUAUAGCGAAGUUGGGAUCAAUGUUAAACAAAUUGGAGUCCAAGCUAAGUGAGGCUGAAGCUACCAACACAAAGUUAAGAAAAGAGACUAGUACAAUUAGUGAAGAGAAGCUAACUUUACAACAAGAAAUUAGCAUGUUAAAAACGAAGAAUGGUGUACAAAACGUUCAAAAGGGUUUCCCUUCUUUCUUUGUUUUGAUGGUCGCGCUAAUAAGUUUGAUACUUGGAUUCAAACUAAACUCUUAGUAGAAGAAGCUGAAGCUGAAAGUUUAGCCACAGAUGACUGACAUGUCUAUAGCUAGUUAGGUACUUCCGUUUUUUGGAAAAUUUAGUAGAAAAAAGUAAAAGAUUUUGUUUCCUCCUGUUAUAUCUAAGUUCAAAAAGAGAGGAUUUCUAGUUUCUGAUGUUGAACUUGUUAAUUUGGUGUGUGUAUAUAGAAGGAUGUUUUCGGAUUGUUUACCUCUAAUUGUCUCCAAUCUCGACUCCUGAAUCUCUUAUAUAAAAACCUGAAGUGUCUGAUAAUCUAAUUAUACGUAUUCAGAGUGAA